AUGAGCUUGAAAGAAGUAUUCGAACAACAUCCAUGGAGGUCAUUUAAGAAAUUCAAUGAAGCUGCAAAGAGUUGGGGAUUUACUAACAGAGCUGAAGUGAAAAGGUUCUUUGACAAAAAUGUUGUACAUCAAACAAAAAUAAACCCUUACGACUACUUUUUACCAAUUUACUCCAACGCUCCUGACGCAUACCAAUUUGACACUCUCAUUCAAAGCAGAAAAGGAGGACAUAAACCAUUCCUCAUCUUCAUUAAUGUUAACACUCGCAAAGCAUAUGCAUAUCCAAUGAGGAAUAAAGGAACUCGUGAAGUUUUAAGAGUUUUGCAGACGUUCGUGGCAGAACAUCAUCCCACUUCAUUAACAUCAGACCAAGACGGUGCAUACCUCAGUAAUGAAAUCACAGAAUUUCUCAUUAAGCAUAACAUAACUCACUACACUACUGAAGACCAUAACCAUAACAUACUCGGCAUCAUAAACCGCUUCAUAAGAACGCUCAGAGAUUUAAACCAA